AUGGCGGCGGCGGCGGGUCCGGCGGGCGCUGAGAGCCGCGUGCUGGGUUACAGCCUGCACCGUUGGAGCAGCUUCUCCUCCACUUACUUGCCCGAGAAUAUCUUGGUGGAUAGGCCAAAUGAUCAAUCCUCAAGAUGGUCUUCAGAAAGCAAUUAUCCUCCUCAGUAUUUGAUUCUGAAGCUUGAAAGACCUGCCAUAGUCCAAAGCAUCACAUUUGGCAAAUAUGAGAAAACGCACGUCUGCAAUUUAAAGAAGUUCAAAGUCUUUGGUGGGAUGAAUGAGGAGAAUAUGACAGAUCUCUUGUCCAGUGGCUUAAAGAAUGAUUAUAACAAAGAAACAUUCACCUUGAAGCAUAAAAUUGAUGAACAGAUGUUCCCCUGUCGAUUCAUUAAGAUAGUUCCACUCUUAUCCUGGGGACCUAGCUUCAAUUUUAGUAUCUGGUAUGUUGAACUAAAUGGCAUUGAUGAUCCAGAUGUUGUCCAGCCGUGCCUCAACUGGUACAGCAAGUACCGUGAACAGGAAGCCAUUCGCCUUUGCCUGAAGCAUUUUCGGCAGCACAACUACACCGAGGCUUUCGAGUCGCUGCAGAAGAAAACCAGGAUUGCUCUGGAGCACCCCAUGCUGACAGACCUGCACGACAAACUGGUGUUGAAGGGGGACUUCGAUGCUUGUGAAGAACUGAUAGAGAAAGCUGUGAAUGAUGGCUUGUUCAAUCAGUAUAUCAGUCAGCAAGAGUACAAACCUCGCUGGGGGCAGAUUAUCCCCAAAAGCACCAAAGGUGACGGGGAAGACAGUCGGCCAGGGAUGAGAGGUGGCCAUCAGAUGGUUAUAGAUGUGCAGACAGAAACUGUUUAUUUGUUUGGUGGCUGGGAUGGAACUCAGGAUCUGGCUGACUUCUGGGCAUACAGUGUGAAGGAAAACCAGUGGACCUGUAUAUCCAGGGAUACUGAGAAAGAGAGUGGUCCCAGUGCCAGGUCCUGUCACAAGAUGUGCAUUGACAUCCAGAGGCGGCAGAUCUACACCCUGGGGCGGUACCUGGAUUCCUCUGUGAGGAACAGCAAGUCCCUGAAAAGUGAUUUCUACCGCUAUGACAUCGACACCAACACCUGGAUGUUACUGAGCGAGGACACUGCAGCAGAUGGAGGCCCCAAGCUGGUGUUUGAUCAUCAGAUGUGCAUGGAUUCUGAAAAACACAUGAUCUACACUUUUGGAGGCCGAAUUCUGACCUGCAAUGGCAGUGUGGACGACAGCAGAGCCAGUGAGCCCCAGUUCAGUGGCUUGUUUGCUUUUGACUGCCAGUGCCAGACGUGGAAACUUCUGAGGGAGGAUUCCUGCAACGCCGGACCCGAGGAUAUCCAGUCCCGGAUAGGACACUGCAUGUUGUUCCAUUCUAAAAACCGCUGCUUGUACGUAUUUGGUGGCCAGAGAUCAAAGACUUACUUGAACGACUUCUUCAGUUAUGAUGUGGACAGUGACCACGUGGAUAUUAUCUCAGAUGGCACAAAGAAAGAUUCAGGGAUGGUUCCAAUGACAGGUUUCACUCAAAGGGCCACCAUUGAUCCUGAACUGAAUGAAAUCCACGUCUUGUCAGGACUCAGUAAGGACAAGGAGAAGCGGGAAGAGAACGUAAGGAAUUCCUUCUGGAUUUAUGACAUUGUGAGGAACAGCUGGUCUUGUGUCUAUAAGAAUGACCAGGCAGCCAAAGAGAAUCCAGGUAAAAGCCUUCAGGAGGAGGAGCCCUGCCCAAGGUUUGCCCAUCAGCUGGUGUACGAUGAGUUGCACAAGGUUCAUUACUUAUUUGGAGGGAAUCCUGGUAAAUCCUGCUCUCCAAAGAUGAGAUUAGAUGAUUUCUGGUCUCUCAAGCUCUGUCGACCUUCAAAGGAAUACCUGCUAAGACACUGCAAAUACCUCAUCAGAAAGCACAGGUUUGAAGAGAAAGCUCAGACUGACCCUCUUAGUGCACUGAAGUACCUGCAGAAUGAUUUAUAUGUAACCGUGGAUCACUCGGACCCUGAGGAGACAAAGGAGUUUCAGCUUCUUGCCUCAGCAUUAUUUAAGUCUGGCUCCGAUUUCACGACUCUUGGAUUUUCAGACGUUGACCACACGUAUGCCCAGAGAACUCAGCUGUUUGACACGUUAGUCAACUUCUUCCCAGACAACAUGACCCCUCCUAAAGGCAACCUGGUGGACCUCAUCACGCUGUAAUGGAGCAAUCACUGGACACAUGGAAGAGGGGAAAAGCACCCAUUUUCAGUAUUUUAAUUUUUUUACUGCAUUGAUUGACUGCUGGGAUGAAGUUAAUAUAGUAACCCCUAGGUGUUUGAAAGGGGUUUUAUACUUGUAUGGUGAAUACCUGGAGCUUUUCCCUUGGAGUAGGUUAAUAAAAUGUAACUGACGUACUUCUGACUAAAUAUAUAUAUUUUUUCUGACUUUGGAUUUUGAGUUAGCAAAUGUAAGAUGAAAAGGUGGGGGAAAAAGAAAAAGAAAUAAAACCCAGUCAUGCAGUGAUCUUUUUGCCUAUGGGGGAAAAUUUGAGAUUUGUGAGUUGUCUGGGAUUAAAGAUUAUGGGUUUUAUUUUGCAUUUUCUGAGGAAGAGGGGGAAGAGGUUUUUCUUUCCUCGUUUGUAGCUAGUCAUGAUGUAUUGCUUUAUCCUACAGCUCCAUCCUCAGCAGCUGCAUAGCUUGGUGGCAGGACACUGGCACAUGCUGAGAUGAUGUAAUUUGUGUCCUGAACCUUGUACUCACGGCGUGUCGUGGGAAGGCAAGCGUGUGUUCCGAACUGUCUGUCUCCCCUUCCCAGAGAUGUGCUGACAGUCGUGUCUAAUUGCUUCUGAGACUCCACCUAAACUGACUACCUACAUCCCUGUCUCCUGUUCUCUGGAGCCUUCCACUUAAAGCUGGCAGGCACGAGGGAACCUUGGAGAUACAGCUGGAAAAUGGGAGUGCGUUCGCCGCCAGCACGGGCCCCUUUUCAGGGAUUGAUCUCUUUGCUGCUGUGCUCAUCCACUGAGAAACCCUGUGGGUCCUUGGUGAGCCUGGCAGAACUGGGUCUUCCACCACACACACCCCUGCAACCUGACCCUAGGUUGGGUGUAGGAUUUCUGAAGCAGAUUGUCUUCAUUUCCAUGUGCUUCUGCGUGUGUUUGUCCGUGUGUACGUGUACAGGGCCUUGCUCCCAACAGCUUGUCUCCUUCCCCUGUAGUGCAGCUCCCUUGUCAAUGCAUUUUAGAUCUAGAUCUGAAUGUGAGGGAGGCCUUCUUAGCAUAAAUCUCUGAAAAUGAGCUGACUCAUAUGUAUAAAAAAUGUAUUCUUCCUUUUGCUGAAGGCCUUCUUUAUAAACACUCUAAGGGCUUGGUGCUGCACUGUGAGGUGGAAUGAAGGACACGCAUACCCAACAUUAGAAACUCUGCGUUCGGUGUCCUGAGCAUUCAGUACACACUGGCAGAUGUAAAUAUUUAUAUGAAACUGCAAAACUUUCUGUCCAGCAGUGUUCAUGCCAGUCGGGUAUCGUUGCUGCACCUGCUGUGGCUCCUGUUGAACUUGGUGGCAAGUCCUGUGUGUGCAAAGAUGAUUUGGACUCUUGAAAUAAAGAGUUAGUUGAGUGUCUUUUUCAGAGCUCGAGUGUCUGCUUGCUUUGAUUGUAUUGCCUCUUUAUCAUGUUCUUUGUGUGACUUUUGUAGUCCUGGUGCAUUAGAAAUAAAUUUCAAAACCUCAUGCUAGUGUUUAAUCACUUAGAAAGGAACAGUGUGUCAGAGGCCAGGCUUGUCUUCAGGGAGGACUGUACAAAUGAAGUGUUUUUAACCUGUCACUUGAGACUGUUCAGACACUGUUCACUUCAGUGGAUGGCAAAUCAGAUGUCUGCAGAAGAAUCCACUCAGUGUGGGAAAUGAAAUCUGAUGAAAUUGUUUCUUUGGAAUGUGGCAGGUUUUUUUCCUAUUGACAUGGAAAGUUUUACAUCACUGCUGGGCUUUGUGGUGUGCUACCUGUGCUGAGGCUUUGUUAACUAACGUAGAGUUUAUGCAGUACAAAUGUAGAUACUGGGGGAAUAUUCCAACUGAGCUGUUGCUUCCACUGAGAUCAAAAUGAGCACUUUUAAUGCUACCAGCCAAAAUUCUGCAACCUUUUAGUACUUAAAUUUAGUGCUGCUGUGCUUCUUUGUCACUUGAUCUCAUUGCUUGUGUGUCCUCAGCUUCAGUCAGAUGAUUAAAUACUCUUUGUGACAGUUCUCUGAUUAACCAGGCUCUUCAUAUGCUGUUGUUGGCUAAAAGAACCCAAAAGAUCCACCUUGGUGGAGAAGCCCUGGUGAGCAGGCAGGGGAAGUUCAGGAAGACCUAGAGCUGUGAAUGGUGUUGCUGGUGAGCAGUGCAUCGUGUCAGGUCUGAUUUGUGUGACAGGAAUUCGAUCCAAACCCAUUGUCCUCUGCGCCGGGGGUGCGUGUGGAGCCCGCCAGCCUCGGCUCUGUGUUUUGUAGCCUCGUGCAAAUCAAUGAUUUGUUUGAGCCAGGGGAACGUUGCUUCUGCAGGACUGACAGUCCCAGCUAACGAGAGCACUUCAGGAUGAUCAAAUAUUGACCUGCCUUUGUCCCGAGCAGAUCGAUGCCGCUCGCACCAGCACAGUUCAUGGAUUGCAGCUGCUGAUUAACCAGCAGAAACUUCACUCGGCUCUGCACUAUUUGUUGAGCAGCAGAGGCACCAUGUGGCCAGAGAGGUUAAUCCAAAGGGAAGGCUUCUUGUGGCUUUGCCAAGGGUCUUUCCUUCUUUUUGUCCUUAAGUCUAGGAGUCAAAUGUUCUCUUUGCAUUAGUGUAUGCUACGUUACCUGCUUUAAAUUCUAACCAAAAAUUCUGAGCAGUGAAGUAUAAAUUUCCUUUUCAAAUCAGCCACUUGUUGUCAGGCAGUGACACAGGUAGUUUGAAUUUCAUUGCAUGCUGAUCUUUAAAGACACCGGUGAUAUUCCAGGAAAGCAUCUGGUAUGCUCAUUACAGAAAGCCUGAAAUACUAACAGUAAAGAAUCCCACUGGAUCUGAAAACAGCCACCUGAAAACAUUUCACAGCCCAGUGCAUGCGAGGUUAUAAAUAUCUGAGCUGUGCGUGAGAAGUCUUUGAACCUCACCAUCAUUGCUUGUUGGCUGUGUCUGAGGCUGCUCUUUAGCUUAGACAAGACAAACAUACUCUAUUUGCCUUUACUUCAGAUUAUAAGGUGACUUUGUGUAUGAACUUGACACCACAUAAUCUUUGCACUACAGUGAGUAAUUUUAUCUGUAAAUUCUGUGUUAACUUGUAAAUAAGGUAAUGCAAAGGAAAGCGUCAUUCCUUGUCAGAGAGGGACUCAUUCAUCAUGUUUUGGGUCUUUAAAGCCAAAGUUACAAGGUUCUGGUAUGUCUUUAAAAGCUAGAGGAAGUCAGGGUGGGGUAAGCUUGAUACAGACAUCCAGACUUCACUCUUGUUUUAGCUUUUUUAAAAAUAUUCUUUGAAAUCCCUGUGUUUGGUUCUUCACUGACUCUGACCCUUACAAUACCCUUUAGUGAAUCAUCUCCUUGGAAAGCACGGAAUUAUUCUUUAUGUUAUUCCUGUCAAAUGAUACAUUUUCUUAGUGAAAUAAAGCCCUCCAGAAUUAAUUUUUUUGGUCACUUGGAUUGGGUAGAAUUGAGUUGGUUAAUGUUUGUCUUGCACAACCCCUCAUAGUAGUCACGAGGUAGAAGUUGUUAAGAGUUCUCCCAAAAUGACUUCUCCAAGCAUGUUCUGCUCUUGUAAUGUGACCCAAAAUGUUGUCAUGUGGCAGAAGGACUUUGUUACAUGUUGUUAAAUGAGAUUAUAACCACUUUAGCCACCUUUUUGCCUCUUUUCUUUUGAGGAUCCCAUUAGUUAGUAUUGGUCCUGGGAAGGCCUGAAGGGUGAUGCAAAAUGUUCAUUGAAAUUAAUUGUAAUUGUUAUCUUCUGGCUCUUUUAAAGGUAUUUGUGAUGUGUUUAUUCUUUAAUCUCUUCCUUUUGCUGAGCAUAAUGAGGAGGGAAAACUUUGUCUUGGAAAAGUUCAGUUUGCCCUUUCCCUGGGUGGCAUCUUGCAUGGGGAGUUAAGGUAGUUGUACCCAGUUGUGUAAAUAAACCUCUGGAAUUGGGUUUUUGUUUGCCUGGGGUGGCUCUGGGUGUACAUAGAUACAUGCUGGCUCAGGGAUCAGGUUGGAGCUUCCUACCAGAACUUCAGUUAGCAAAAUGUUACUUUAGAAAAUCAGUCUGGGAACAGCCAGUUGUAAAAGCUUUUCUAAGGCAUUGCUUUGUGCAGUGGCAACUGGAGUGAAAUUAUAAAUUUUCCUAAAGAGCGUAGAAAAGCUUCCCUUUGUGGAGUGACAAAGUUAAAUGAAAUUGCUGAAACUUUUUUGUAGUUGAUUACAAUAACCCAGCCUAAAAAUUGAGUGAUUUAAUGAUAACAGUUUAAAGAUUGAGGAGUCAUUAAGCAAAUUAACUAGACCCACCUAUUUGCAGGAGGGUGGCAGAGGUGUGGGGCUGGUGGCCAGGGAUUGCCACAGCUCAUCUGUUUGUUUAUCUGGCAGCCACAAGUGUCCAGGGCUCCAUGAGCUGUUCCUUCUUCCAGAAGAAACUCCUUCCAAAGCCGAGUAAUGACUCUGGGAGAGUGUUUUCCAUAGGGCUUUGUGGCACAGCUGUUCGCUGAACCAUUUUCCUGAUGUGUGCAGAUUUUUCAAAGGGAGUUUUCUCUGUCCCAAAGUUUUCUGCUGACCUGGCCCUGCUGUGCCAACCUGCCCUGGUGAGUGAUGGAUUCAGAGCAGUGUCCUGAGGAAUGUUUCAAACUUGUUUGCUGCUCUUACUGUGAGAAAGAUGAGCAUUAAUGCUGCUUGUGUCAAAUGCAGGAGGGUGGUAGGUAGCACAAAUACUCUCUUGCUUCCUCCUGCAUUUCAGAAUAGAGAAAUAAAUACUUCUGUAGAGCUUAUUGAGUGAACUUUAAAUUUGAAUAACUUGUGUACAGCUUCCAUCUCUGCACAGACAGUAAUUCUGCUGAUGUAAUGCUGUGCCACUUCUGGGGAAAAUGGCAAAAAUUAGUAGAUACGUUUCCAUUCGGUCCCUUUGUUUUUAAAAGUGGAAAAAUGUCUUGUGAAACCAUGAGUCCCCGUGUAUACUUUGAAUUUUAGCUUAUUAGUUGGCUCAGAGUUAUGGAAUGUUUGGCUAUUGUCAAGUGAAGUCCUGACAGUAAAAACAGUUCAUGUAUGUCUCUGGAAGUGCUUGUGUUGUUUUAUAGCUGUACUUAUUACAGAAACAGAGGUGGACCCAGUUGAAAAAUUAAAAUUAUUGGUGUUUUGAUUUAGGGGGAAGAUUAUAGAAACUCUGAGCUUGGCCUAUUUUAAUAACUACAUGUGUUAAUUUGGAGAUGGGUCUUAUUUCGUGAGAGGAGAGUUUAAGAACAACUAUAUGACUUGUUCUUGCUAUAGAUUGCUCGUAAUAUAUAAGCUGUAAAUACUGUUGAAAUGUAAAUGUGCUGUCAGAAGCUUGUUAGUGUAUCUAAAUGCCUGUGGGAAUGGGAGACCCGAUCAUACCCUGUCAUGGAAAAGGUUAUACUGGAGAUUAUUCAAGUUGUGGUAAUGGCUUAUAGGCAAAAUCCCUCUUUUACUGAAAGCUUUUAACAUAAUGAAAAGUUGGAGUGGAGAAAGUAGGUUAACUGUACUGGAACCAGGAUAAGAGUCCAUGGCUCAGUGCUUGGAUAAAUUGACUCCAGAUGCUUUUGUCUGUAGGCAAUGGAUCCAAACGUGGUUUUGGAGUGGAAGCCAGUUAAUGACCUGCUUAUUGCUGCUGGA